AUGGGGUUAAGCUUGAAUGUUUCUAUAAGUGAGAUUAUAGUCUGCUCUAUUGCUUUCGUUUUGGUUCUCCUCUUAUGGGUGGUUAGGGGUUGGAUAGUAGUUGCUAAAGUAAGAGUGGCAGUGGUUUAUGACCGUGAUUUUGGAGUUUGGUGGUGGUGGGGAUGUCGAUUGUGGAGGAGGUGGUGGUGGUGGCAGUGGCAACAUGGAGGUGGUGGUGGAUGUGGAGCUUUUGGAGGAAGUGGUGGGUGUGGUGGUAGUGGUGGUAGUGGUGGUGAUGGUGGUGAUAGUAGUGGUAGUGGUGGUGGUGGUGGUGGUGAUAGUGGUGGUGGUGGUGGUGGAGGUGGAGGUGGUGGAGGAGGCGGUGGUUGUGGUGGUGGUGGUGGUGGUGGCGGUGGCGGUGGUUGUGGUGGUGCAGGUGGUGGAGUUGGAUGUGGAAGUGGAGGUGGUGUCAUUUUUAAAAUGAAUGAUGGUAUUUUGGGAAUUAAAAAAAUUCCUUAA